GAGCCUCCUAGUACAACCGAGCCACCGAGCACGACUGAGCCACCGAGCACGACUGAGCCACCGAGCACGACCGAACCGCCCAGCACGACCGAGCCUCCUAGUACAACCGAGCCACCGAGCACGACUGAGCCUCCGAGCACGACUGAGCCGCCGAGCACGACGGAACCGCCCAGCACGACCGAGCCUCCUAGUACAACCGAGCCACCGAGCACGACUGAGCCACCGAGCACGACUGAGCCACCGAGCACGACCGAACCGCCCAGCACGACCGAGCCUCCUAGUACAACCGAGCCACCGAGCACGACUGAGCCACCGAGCACGACCGAGCCGCCCAGCACGACCGAGCCUCCUAGUACAACCGAGCCACCGAGCACGACCGAGCCGCCCAGCACCACUGAGCCUCCUAGUACAACCGAGCCACCGAGCACGACCGAGCCGCCCAGCACCACUGAGCCUCCGAGCACGACUGAGCCUCCGAGCACUACCGAGCCGCCCAGUACCACUGAGCCUCCCAGCACCACUGAGCCGCCGAGCACGACGGAACCGCCCAGCACGACCGAGCCUCCUAGUACAACCGAGCCACCGAGCACGACUGAGCCACCGAGCACGACUGAGCCACCGAGCACGACCGAACCGCCCAGCACGACCGAGCCUCCUAGUACAACCGAGCCACCGAGCACGACUGAGCCACCGAGCACGACUGAGCCGCCGAGCACGACCGAACCGCCCAGCACGACCGAGCCUCCUAGUACAACCGAGCCUCCGAGCACGACUGAGCCUCCGAGCACGACCGAGCCACCGAGCACGACUGAGCCACCGAGCACG